GGUGCAUUCUCGAACGUUUACAAAGCACAAGAUCGCAAGACGGGAAACAUGGUCGCAGUCAAGGUCGUCAGAAAGUACGAGUUGAACGCCAGCCAGGGAGACAAGCAUUUACAUGCCACUGUCAAGCAGAAACCGAAAGGAAUCGAGCGUGCCAACAUCUUGAAAGAGGUCCAGAUUAUGCGCAAUCUUAAUCACCCUAAUAUCGUCCAGCUGUAUGAGUUUUCCGAGAGUCGGGAUUACUACUUUUUGAUCAUGGAGCUCGUUCCUGGAGGAGAGUUGUUUCAUCAAAUCGUGAGGUUGACCUACUUUUCGGAGGAUUUGUCGAGAAAUGUGAUUACGCAGGUGGCUCAUGCCGUUCGGUAUCUGCAUGAGGAGAAGGGUGUCGUUCACCGUGAUAUCAAGCCGGAGAACUUGUUGUUCGAGCCUAUCACGUUCAUUCCGUCAAAGACCCCCAAGGUGCGGACGGGUGAGGAUGAGGACAAGGAGGAUGAGGGAGAGUUCAUCCCUGGUGUUGGAGCUGGUGGUAUCGGUCGCAUCAAGCUCGCCGAUUUCGGUCUCUCCAAGGUCGUUUGGGAUUCCCAGACCAUGACGCCUUGUGGUACCGUCGGUUACACCGCGCCCGAAAUCGUCAAGGACGAGCGUUACUCCAAGUCUGUCGACAUGUGGGCCAUGGGCUGUGUCCUCUACACCCUUCUCUGUGGGUUCCCUCCCUUCUACGACGAGUCUAUCCAAGUCUUGACCGAGAAGGUCGCUCGCGGUCAAUACACCUUCCUCUCACCAUGGUGGGACGAGAUUUCGAAGAGUGCGCAGGAUUUGAUUUCGCAUUUGUUGACCGUGGACCCGGAGAAGCGAUACACUAUCGACGAAUUCUUGGCACACCCCUGGAUCCGCGGUACGGAUGAGGAGACUCAGCCGGCUGCUGAUGCUCCUCCCACUGCUGGGUUGCACAACCGCCAAUACGAUUUUAGCUCGCCUAUGUCUCUCGACACCCCCGUUCGCGCCAACCGUACUCCCGGUAUCCCCGAGACACCUGGAGGCACCCGUGCUGACUUCCGUUCGCCUGGUGUGGUUGCCUUGCGUGAGGUCUUUGAUGUCUCGUAUGCUGUGCACCGAAUGGAAGAGGAGGGUGCACGUCGCAAGAAUGCCAAACAUGGCAAUUACCGAACGGGUGGCUUCGCCAACCUGAAUGCCAUGGACGAAGACGAAGAAGCCGAAGCCGAAGCCGAGGCCGAGGACCGUGCAUCUACGACCGUCGGCGGUGGUGCCACUGGCGGUAUCGAGAACGAUCUAAGGAAGGCGACGAUCGAUCCAGCGAAGAAGCGUCGUGUCGAACCUAUGGGACCACCGAAGACUGGUGGAGUCGGCGCUUCGAGUCAGAGGCGACGUGCGGGUGGAUUCGAGUUGAAUUUGGAUAAGGCUACGCUACUGGGAAGGAGGAAUAAGGGACCUGGGCCC